GGGACCCCCAUAGCAGAGGAGGGAGCGGGGAGGAGCCAGAGGAGGGAGGAGGCGCAGACUCCAAGCAUCACCAUACCGCUGGAUUCUUACACAGAGACGAGAGCAUGGUUCUAUACUCCACACGAGCUAUACAAACCCAAUGAGUGAAGUUAUGUGAACGCAAGAACAAAAGAUACAAGAGACAAGACACCCCCCUAGAGGAUCACUUCUCACAUCCGAUCUGAGAUUUGGACAGUUUCGGUGACAUUUGAGAACACUUUUGGACUAUUUUGGAACAUUUGGGCUUUUCCCGAAGGAGUUUUAAGGGAAAGUUUUGGUCCCUUUACGUGGCCAAGAUGCUGCGUUAUCUCCUCAAGACACUUCUGCAAAUGAACUUAUUUACAGACACCAUCAGGAGUCCGAACAACGGGAGCGACCUCUUCUACAAUGGAUCUCUGCCUUCUUUCAACACCACUCUGUUUGAAUGGGGAAACUUUACCUCCAGCUUCAACAACAGCACCAGACACAGGCUCGAAGACUCCGCCCCCCGGAUUGUCGAACACCCAUCAGACCUCAUCGUAUCCAAAGGCGAACCGGCCACUCUGAACUGUAAAGCCGAGGGCAGACCCACUCCGAUCAUCGAGUGGUACAAAGAUGGCGAGCGCGUGGACACCGACCGAGAGGAUCCCCGCUCGCACCGCAUGCUUCUACCCAGCGGCGCCCUCUUCUUCCUGAGGAUCGUGCACGGGCGGAGGAGCAAACCAGACGAGGGCGUGUACGUGUGCGUGGCCCGGAACUAUCUGGGAGAGGCGGUCAGUCGCAACGCAUCGCUGGAGGUGGCAAUCUUGAGGGACGACUUCAGGCAGACCCCCAGCGAUGUGGUGGUAGCAGCGGGAGAACCAGCCGUCAUGGAGUGCAUCCCCCCCAGAGGCCACCCCGAGCCCACCAUCUCCUGGAAGAGGAACAACAUCAAAGUGAACGACCGUGACGACAGGAUCACGAUUCGAGGAGGAAAACUGAUGAUUUCCAACACCAGGAAAAGCGAUGCCGGGAUGUACGUGUGCGUGGGAACGAACAUGGUUGGAGAGAAGGAUAGUGACCCUGCCGAGCUAGUGGUGUUUGAGAGACCAGUUUUCAUCAAGCAGCCCGUGAACCAGGUCGUGUUAGCCGACGACACGGUGGACUUCUUCUGCGAGGUGCACGGGGACCCGACUCCGACCAUUCGCUGGAGGAGAGACGAGGGAGAACUGCCCAGGGGAAGAUUUGAAAUCCGUAGCGACAACAGCCUGCGUUUGACCCAGGUGCGGGCCGAGGACGAGGGCACUUACACCUGCGUGUCAGAGAACAGCGUGGGCAAAGCCGAGGCCUCUGGAACCCUCCAAGUCCACGUCGGACGGUCCGUGCCCCCGCAGAUCGUGGUUCGGCCCCGGGACCAGAUCACAGCCCCAGGACGUAGCGUAACCUUCCUCUGCGGGACGAAGGGUAACCCACCGCCCGCUGUGUUCUGGCAGAGAGAAGGCAGCCAGAUCUUGCUGUUCCCAGUCCAGGAGGCAGCCCCGGCCACUCGCUUUUCCGUCUCUUUAACCGGUGAACUGACCAUUACUGAUGUCCAGGUCGAAGAUUCCGGUUACUACAUCUGCCAAGCCAUCAGCGUGGCCGGCAGCAUCCUCACCAAAGCUCUGCUCGAAGUCGAGAGUGCACCGUCCGAUCGAGUCCCGCCCAUCAUCCGCCAAGGCCCAGCCAAUCACACGCUAGCACCGGGCUCCACUGCUCAGCUGCACUGCCACAUCAUGGGCAACCCGUUACCCAGCAUCCAAUGGGAGAAGGACGGUCAGCGUAUCCUUGGAAACGACGGGCGCAUCAGCCUCAUGGAGAACGGAACCUUCCAGAUCACCAACCUCCAGGAAACGGACUCCGGGCUGUACACCUGCGUGGCUUCCAGUUCUAGCGGGGAGACGAGUUGGAGUGGAGUGCUCACUGUGAAAGAGAGCGCUGAUUCGACAGCAGCCCAAACCACAGAGCCAUUUCAGUUGCCAGGUCCUCCGCACAAGCCCAUAGUAACGGAUGUGUCGAAGAAUAGUGUCAGCCUGACCUGGCAACCCAACGCCCAUGAAGGAGGCGCAGCUGUCACGUCCUACAUCAUUGAAGCUUUCAGCCAAUCUGCCGGAAGUACUUGGCAGACUGUCGCAGACAAUGUGAAGAUGGAAACCCACACAAUUACAGGACUUUUGCCCAACACGAUCUAUCUUUUCAUCGUGCGAGCGGUCAACGCCUAUGGCCUCAGCGACCCCAGCCCUAUAUCCGAGCCAGUGAGAACACAAGAUGUGAGUCCAACAGGUCAGGGAGUUGACCACAGACAAGUCCAGAGGGAGCUGGGAGAAGUGGCUGUGCAGCUACAAGAACCAGCCAUGUUGUCGGCCUCGUCAGCACGCGUGUCCUGGAGCGUCGACCGGCAAUCCCAGUAUGUCCAGGGCUAUCGGCUCUUCUACCGUCCCGCUGGAGGAACCUGGCUCCUGCAGGACAUAAACUCCCCCUCAGAGCGCAGCACAGUGCUCUCCAGUCUGCUCAAAGGGACCGAGUAUGAAAUCAAGAUCCGGCCGUACUUCGACGAGUUUCAAGGCAAAGACAGUAGGACCGUGGUGGUGCGGACGCCAGAGGAAGUCCCUAGUGCCCCGCCCAGAGGUGUAACAGUAGCAACCGUCAAGCUAAGCAAUGCCUCCAGCAUCAGCGUCUCCUGGGAGCCCCCGCCUAGCGACCGGCAGAACGGCAUCAUCCAAGAGUACAGGGUGUGGUGCGUGGGCAGUGUCAGUGAUAACCACACUCGUCACCACAUAAACCGCACAGUGGACGGUAACACCCUGAGUGUGGUGCUGAAGGGGCUGGUGCCCGGGGUCCUGUACCAGGUGGAGGUGGCAGCAGUGACCAGCGCGGGGGUGGGCACACGCAGCCAACCUGUGUCUGUCAUAUUCAAAUUACCAGCUGAGCACCCCUCCAUAUCCGGGGACAAGAGCACCCCUAGCGGCAGUGGCGAGGAAGGCAGCGUUAGCCUAGCGGAGCAGAUCACAGACGUGGUGAAGCAGCCAGCCUUCAUCGCGGGCAUCGGGGGGGCGUGCUGGGUCAUCCUCAUGGGCUUCAGUGUGUGGAUCUACUGCCGACGCAAGAAGAGGAAGGAGCUGAGCCACUACACGGCCUCGUUUGCCUACACGCCAGCAGUUGGGUUCCCUCAUGGUGAAGGAUCGGGCCUCAAUGGAAGACCCGGUGUGUUGGGAGGAGGCAUGGGGAACUACCCGUGGUUGGCAGACUCGUGGCCCACCUCGAACCUGGUCCACAGCGGGAAGGAGGCUGUCACCUGCUGCUCAGCCAAUCACAACACAGCAGAGAGAUACUACAACGAAAGUGGGAUUUCCAACUACCUCAAUCAGACUGAGAAGUACAGCAUUGGAGGUUCUACUGAGGGUCCCAUCUACAGCACUAUCGACGCCACCAAUGAAGACCUGCAUUGUUUUAACUACGGCCAGCACGCCUCCACCACUCCCUACGCCUCCACCUCCAUCAUGCCCUUCAGUAGCCAGCCCCAGGCGCCUCCACCCCCUCCCCACAGCGGGGACACCACACCGGGGGAGGGCCACUGGAUCACACAGCCCGGGCCCUCGUCACAGUACGCACAACCAGACCGCUGCAAUGGUAAACCCAAGCAGAAGUCCGUAGGUAAAGCUGUGAAGACCCCCUCCCUCAACUGGAUGGAGUCUCUGCCGCCUCCUCCCCCCCUCGACAACCUGGACCAGUGCGACCCCGAGGACCUUCCUUCAGAACACGAGGAAAUGGACAUAGGGUCCGAUGAGGAAUGGUGCCCUCCGCUCCCCGAGAGGACGUACCUGAUGGAGGGCUGUGAGGAGGGCUCAUGCCCCCGGAACAACGCCUCGUCUCCAGCCACCUCCUACAGCCACCAGUCCACCGCUACGCUAACUCCAUCCCCACAUGAAGAGCCGCGAGUGCCCCAUGACCUAGCACGAUACAACGCCCCCGAUAGUCAACAGCUAGCACGCAGACGACUGCCCUGUAGUCCAGUGCCCGCCCCCCCGGCCCUCAGCCCCUCCCUCACCCAGUCCAACCCAAACCUGUGUGGCCCCGCCCAAGUCGCCCUGACGGAGGCCGGCACGCUGCCCUGCCCUAGCUCCGCCCACCGCAACUUCAACAGCCUGGGGGCAGGGCAAAAUGAUGACAGCAGCGCCGCAAGUACUCCAGUGCACAGCCGGUCCCCUGCAGACACAUGCACUCCCCCAAACCAAAAGUCCAGAGUCAAGAAAAAGAGCGCAAAAUCUACAGGAUACAGGAGAGAUCUACAAGGAGACCUGCCCCCUCCCCCUGAGCCCCCUCCCGCUGAGGAGCGGCUCCAGAUCUGUGACUCCGCCUCUUUGGGGAAUGGAACCUUAUCCUCUCUGGACAGAAGUGACCACAACACCAGCCACCAAAUGAAAGGCUCCAGACAAGAUGAUGACAUAAUCCCAUACAGCAGUAAAAGUGGAUACCUCCCUCGCAGUCAGAUGUCCAGUAACUGUUCGACCACGGGCAGCUCCUCGUCCCGUGGCUCCACGGGCUCCCGGGGGCCCGGAUCCAACCGCAAACACACAGAGGAAAUGAGAUAAGGACCAAGGCGCCGUUGACAGUGGACCUAUCAGCCUCUACAAAGCAUCGACCUCCAUCUUCCCGUGAGGAUACAGGAAGCCAAGCAGGACAAAAAGCUACAGAGAAAGUUUUCCAAUUUCUGGGAAUUCAAAAUGGCUGUGAAAAGAGACUCCCAAACAGACUGGACACGUUUUAGUAUUACUAUGAUUAUUUAAGGGCAGAAGCCUUCUUUUGUAAAUAACGUCUGCUCUGUUUUUGUGGGAUACAGGCAAAAAGAUAUAUUGUAUUUAUGACGAUUCAAAAAACAAAAUGUAAAAAAGCUCAUGUCUUCUUGAAUGUGCCAACUUUUUUGUCCAAAUGUACUUUUUAUUUUGUUUUAAUUUUAUUUGCAAAAACGCGUUAACUACUGUUGCACUCUGUUGUCAUGGCAAAACAACAUUUGAAGCACAAGUGUGAAAGACAAGAAGAGACAAGAAGAAGAGGAGGAAGAGGAGAAGGAGGGGAUGGAGGGAGGACUUUAAUACCAAAAUGUGCAGGUUUUCCGGAAGACUUGCGCCCCCUAGUGUCCGCUAAGAAUGUCAGAACUUUUUUACUCUAUGUCCAGAUGUCGCAGGUUUGUUUGAAAAG